GGGCAUAAAGUGGCUGCCAGCCCGCAGGGCUCCCAGGCAGGAGGUGUCACCCCCAGCGGGCACGGGCCGGAGCUCUGGCUCUCAACAUGCGGGCACAGUUUACUCGGAGGGCGCUGCUCAGUCAGGUCCUUGGGCUUCUGUUCCUGAGCACAGCGGCCCUGGGCAGCUGCUCGGACAAGUACCAAGAGCUCCUCGGGCAGCUCCGGAAUCAGGCGGACUUCAUGCAGCACACCAACACACUCCUGGACCCCUAUAUCCGUGUGCAAGGCCUGGAUGUGAGCGGGCUGAAAGAGCACUGCAAGGGGCACCCUGGGGCCUUCCCCAGCGAGGAUGCCCUGCGGAGGCUCAGCAAGCAGGGCUUCCUGAGGACCCUCAACGUCAUCCUGAGCCAUGUCCUGCACAGACUGACCACGUUACAGCAGGAGCUCCCCAAAGCCCAGGACUUGGAGAUGCUGGAUAGGGUGAAGCUGAACAUCCGCGGCUUCAGAAACAACCUCCACUGCAUGGCCCAGCUGCUCCCCAGCUCCUCCGACACGGCUGAGCCCCCGCAGGCAGGCCCGGGGGCCUCACCACCACCCACCCCGGCCACAGAUGCCUUCCAGCGCAAGCUGGAAGGCUGCAGGUUCCUGCAUGGCUACCACGGCUUCAUGCACUCCGUGCAACAGGUCUUGCAAGGGUGGGAGGAGAGCCCGAACAGGAGCCGGAGACACAGCCCCCGCCGGGCUCUGUGGAAGAGGGUCCGCAGGAUGGGACCUUCCAGGAGGGACAAAAGACUCAUGCCCAGGGGGCAGUUGCCUCGGUAGCCUCAGGGGUGCCCCUGGCAGAUGAAGGAUCAGCAGGUACUCUACAGGAUGGCAUCUCCCCAGGGCCACCCACUCCUAAAGAAGUGCACUUUAUGGGGUGGGAGCCAGGCAGGCCCCUCUACCUCCUCUGUGCUGGGGGGAUACGGUCACGCUGUUGACCCACCCGUUCUGAGCUCCCCAGUCCUUGCGGGGUGGCCAGGUCAGGCCAUGUGGGGCCACUUUCCGUUGAUUCAGGGGCCUGAUGACACGGGCUGACUCAUGGCCAGACUGACCAUCCCCCCCGUCCGCUCCCCAGAGGCCCGCCGGCCCUUCCCUCUCAUGACCCGCAGGGCCGUUGCCCCCAGACUUCCUCCUUUCCGUGGUGGCACGGUUCUGAGAGCGAGGUCAGGACCUGAGCGGGCCUCCUAGGCCUCAUAGCCAGACUCAGGCCAGGCCCCUGGACAUCUGGGUGAUCUCACUUUAGGCAGCUGUGACAGGGGCAGAGGGUCCUACAUGGGGUAUUGCUCUGGCGGCACCCAAAGAACAGAGCUCAGGUCCCAGGUUGGCUCCUAACUCCCUGUGUGGCCUCUGGACCCCAAUUUUCUCUGUGACCCUAUACUUCUCUGGACCCCAAUUUUCUCUGUGAAUCAAGGGGCUUGGGGACUGUGCAAAGCCCUCUCUGCCUGUCAGUUACUGGAACUCUGUGACAUAGGAUGGCUAUUAAAUUCUCCCCAUAAAUUGGGAUGCCAGGUGUAAAUGGACGCAGGUUCCCUAGACUUCCUAGUGCCUGAAGGGGCCAGCCUGGGCUCCGGGCUGCUGGCUGCUCCCCCUGGUGGUGUGUCGUGGAAUCGUCUCACACUGAAACCGUGGCCCUCCUGGAGGGGGCCCCAAAGGCUGCUGGGCCAGUUCCUUGUAGUGACAGGACUAAUUUAUUGACUUUUAUCAGUUUUUAUCUGUUUCUUAUUUAUAAGGCUUAUUUAUGAUGUGUAUUUAAUGUUAAUAUUAUGCCAACAUGUAUUUAAAGAC